AUGGGAUGUGGCUCCUCCAACGACGCACAGGGUACGUUUGGGGAGAAGAAGAAGGCGGAGGACGAGAUGUGGGGCAGCAUAUUCGACGCCGCCGAUGCAGCCUCGAGUGGUGAUGGCAAACUCGACUGCACUGAAGCCAAGGCCAAGCUCGGUUUGACAGGGGCAGACUUUGAUUGGCUGGACGUGCCGAACGCCGUGGGCGAUGCGAAGGUCUCGCGCAUAGAGUUCAUCACGGGGAUGAAGAAAACAUAUGACUCAAGAUUCUACAGCCCGCAGGAGCUGGCGGACAUCAGCGAGGAGAUGAUGGCAAAGGCGCAGUCCUAA